ACACAGGGCAGCUCCGGAUUCCCCCCACUACUUUUUAAAUUGCAGCAAAGUGAAAAAAAAAGACCGCUUAUUCUACUCCUAUGAAAGAAAUUAGGAAAGAAUAGCCAGGAAGAAUAUGAGAUUGAGAAGAGAGAGGGGCAAAUAACUGUCACUGUAAUUAUAUUCUUCAACACACACACACACACACACACACACACAUAAGGUCGGCAGCUCAACAGGAUAUACGAGACCUCGCGCGAGGCGGUGAGCGAGCAAGGGCGAAGGCGGGGCAGGGCAGUGACGAGCUGGCAGUAGUUGUGAACGCAGGUGGCCGACCGUCUCCCAGGUGUUAACCAUGUCUAGCUCAGCGCCCCAGCAAGUCUCCUCUUCCUCCUCCGCCGGCGCCACCACGGCCGAGGCGGAGAAGCGACUGACAGACGCGGAGGUGGAGCAGCUCAUCGAUGCCAGCCUCGCCGCGCGCCUCAACUCCUACAGCCCCUACAGCAAGUUCAGUGUGGGCGCCGCGCUGCUCACCCCUGACGGCACCAUCGUUGGAGGCUGCAACGUGGAGAACAUUUCCUACGGCCUCACCAUCUGCGCCGAGAGGAAUGCCAUUUGCCGCGCCGUGGCCGACGGACACAGGAAAUUCCGUGCCAUCGCCAUCACCGCCGAGAUGGGCGAGCGGUUCGUGGGGCCAUGCGGGGCCUGCAGACAGUUCCUGGCGGAGUUCGGGCUGGACUGGGAGGUGUAUUUGGCCAUGCCCAGCAAGCAGUACAUGAAGACCACGGUGGCCAAGCUCAUCCCUGACAGCUUCAGUCCCGAGUGGGUCAAUCUGGACCAGCGGCAGGUGGGAUAGACAGACGGCGUCCAGCUUAGCCGAUCAUACUUGACCCAGGACCUCGACUUGACCUCAACGCGACCCUGAUGUGUUUUGAUUUCCCUCACGACCUAUUUUGAAGCCUCCUGGCAGUACAAAGAGCUGUGUGUUUCCCGCUGUUUACUAUUUAGACAUCAAUUGAUGAGGAAGUGUCGAGCCAACCGCACGAUCCUUCAGAAACCAUACGCAUUUUUUUCCUUUUUUUACGUUUUCGCCUAUGGCGCCGGUAGGCUGUUUGGAGGUGCCUGAUGGUUUGGCUCAUGAUGAACUAUAGCUUUUUUUUUUCUCAGACCAUUAUCAAGUUCAGACUGAUUUUUGUUUCUGUUCUCUCAUCGUGUACAUCUUUUACUAUGGAUCUCCAUAUCUCUCGCAGACGAUUAUAACGGAAGCUCUCAUUUCAUUUCCUAAUCACUAUUGUUAAUCAACUGGUGCUGCGCUGUGUUCUGUAUAUAAUGUAUCAGGCAUGGACGAUACUGCGAGCUGUUGUUAAUGGUACACAUAUCAAUAAAAAAGUAAGGUAAUGGAAGAGA